ACCGUUGGCGCCCCUAGCUAGUUGUUACAUCGUGGCUAAUGGACAAGUCGUCUGGUGUUUCUAAACUAGCAGCUUUACUGUCUUUUAUCCCCUAAAACAACUUAAAAAAUUAGAUUACUUCAAAAUGGAUUUGGACGACGUUCAGUUCCUGAAUAUCCUCAAGGGAAAACGCAUCAAACUGACGCUCAAGACUUCAUCUUACCUCGGCGUCGUUCAGCGAAUCAGCAACAACAAGACGUUGGUUUUGGCGGACGUUGUUAGUGGCAGUAAUGGCUGUAAAAUCCCUGGCUCUAAAAUGUUCUUCGGUCAUGACAUUCUGAAUGUGGAAUUUACCAAUGAAGCAGAAACUGACAGUGGUGUUCAUGAUGAGGAGCACUUGAAUGUGGAAAAGUUUCAGCCAUACAGGAAGGCCAUCACAUUGGAUGAUGAUGAAGAUAAAGAGGAGUAUAUCAACUUUGUAGUGAUUGAUGAGUUUCAUGAGAAGUUUGGAUCUGCUGUGAUGCACAUCAAGAAGCAACGUGUGAUAGGUGUGGGAGCUGAUGGCAUCGAGGUAUACAAGCAUGGGAGACUGUGUUGGCUGCAGAUUGCCACUAAAAACAAGGUGUACCUGUUUGAUGUGCUGUUACUUGGAGCUCGGGCCUUUAAGAACGGUCUUUCCAUGAUCCUGGAAAGCAAGCACAUACUGAAGGUCAUUCAUGACUGCAGAGCCAUUGCUGGAUGUCUGACUGCUCAGUUUGGAGUAAAGCUAACCAACGUCUUUGAUACACAGGUGGCAGAUGUCAUGUGCUUCUACUCUGAGACAGGAGGUCUCCUUCCUGACAGAGUCAGCACUCUGCAGGAGGUGGUGAGUCUGCAUCUGAAGGUGCCCUCCUCCCAGCUCUUAACUCUUCAGAUGAAGUCACAGCUCACCAAGGAAGAAAGGCAGAUCUGGCAAAAGCGCCCCUGCCCUGUACCGCUGCUUAAGGUGAUGGCUCUGUCAGUGAUCCACCUUCAGCCUCUCAGACUGGUGCUGCUGGAUACGCUCAUGACAGACUACGUGGCUCUGGUGGAUUCAUACCUAAACAGCAGCCACUACGAACCUGGUGAAUUAGAGCAUGUCAGCAUGGAGAGUGUGUUGGAGUUGCCUAAAGAACUCAGGGGGCUGGAGCAAAUGCGUCAUGAGCGGCAGGAGUGGGCCGCUGACCACUAUCCUGUCACAGAGAGUGGUCUGCUGGAUCGUUUCAACCCCCGAAAUCAGCCCCCCUCUCAGACCUCACCUGCAGCAGAGGAACAGAGCCAGACACAGCAGGAAUCUUUUGAACCUGACACUGAGGAAUCACCUUCCUCAACACAAGUGGACCCUCUCCUUCACAAGCCACCCAUGAGCCCCCCAAGAGUCACCACUGUUUCGUCUGUGGAUGCCCAUGCCUCCCCUGACCCAGCAGCUCAGGUUUCAGUCCAGUCAGUCACCAGUCCACUGUCUGUAGGUGUAGGCAGAGGGUGUACACAGGUACUAAUGGACACAAUGGGUAGAGGAAGGCCCUCUGGGAAAGAGCAGUCAUCCAUCCCGGCCUCACCUGCUGGAAGAGGCUUCCUUCUUCAGAUGUCACACAAUCAGCUCUCCAAAGAGAUCACGGCGGAAAUGAAAACUCCUGGUUGGACGGGGAUGUCUCCUUCAUUCCCAAACCAUACACUUACCCAAGAAGUGAUGCCACAGCCUGCUGGCCCAAGUGAUAAUGACCUGCCACUGACACCUGACACUUUUGGCAAGACAGGGGACCAUGAGUUCCCUUCAUCUUCACUCAUGCAGUCAUUCAGGUCUUUCAGAUAUUAAAGUACGUGUUGUAAAGCUGUAUAAGGACAUGUGUUACAGAUGUUUGCAGUUCCAUUGUUUGUGAUUUCCUACAGUGACCAGUAGAUGGCAGUAAAUAUUCUGUUUUGUGCAGAGGUUUGUUAGAUAGCAAGUGACUGUAAAAGUCUUUAAAGCAAAAUGAUUUAGUUGUCUGGAUGCUGCAUGCCAGUUUUAUUUUUGCAUUGUAUGCCCGUUCUUUUAUUUGUGUUGUAUUUCAUAAGGGGGUUUGCCUCUCUAUCUUAAUUCUGUUUUGAUUGAGUGAUAAUUAAUUGUACUCUUAACUGAUAUGUA